AUGUACCCCAGCUGGCAGAGUGUAGACGAUUCGCCCACUGUGCAGCCAUAUUGGAGCCAGCAUGUGAAUCAGGCUGCGAAUGCUGCUGCAGCUACUCAUCAAAAAGUCGCUGUCGCUGCGGCUGCUGCCUACGAUCCUUUAUUGUAUCCUGCUCAGAAUUACAUGGAUAAUAUGAAAAAUAUGUUGGGAGCUGCUGCACAAUGGGUGGAAUCUUCCAGCACGUGA